CGCGCAGCGUCCGCUUUUGUCCCAUCCCGUCAUUGUCCUCAGGUCCCAUAUUCACUGAGCCUCAUCCUCUCUCCAUUAAGUGCUCUGGGGCGUUGCUGAGAGACCACACAAUGAUACGCAGGGACCCUACGCUCAUCGGGAUGACCGAUGCGGACGUGCAGCAGGUCCGGGACAUGGUCGCUGCCAAACGCAAAGACGAACUCGCUCAGAAGUGGGCCGAGAUAUCAGACAAACAAUACGCCGCUUUCGAGGCUGGCGCGUCAGCCUCCCAGCCGUUUGUCGCAGCGGAAGAUGCUAAGAGGAAGAGAGAGGCGAUGACGAAGGACGAACGCCUGGGACUGCGAUGAGACCUGGGUGCUAUCUGCAGAAAUAACGGUGUGUUCGCUGCAUGGCACCUGUAUGUCGAAGUUGACGAACACAUCUAGUCUCCG